UCCAAACCACCAUUGGCAGUUAAGACGUGUCGUUCAAUGGAGCAGUUGCGUCACAUUGCAAUUUACAGUUUCCUUUCACUAGUCACAGUUGAAAUGUUAGUGAAACAUUCAUGAAGCACUCUGCUCCUUCCCUCCACCUCCUUGCAGCCGCUGCUUUCACCGACGCCGCCAUCGCCAACGCCGCCAUGUCGUCUGCUCAACCAUUCCGAGGUGGCCGGAGCCGCGGCCGGAGAAACUUUUCCGACCGUCCUUCCGGCGAACAAAGUGAGCAAAACAUUGCAACUGGAGACUCUCACUUCCAUUCUGUUCGUGAAACCAAUAGAAAUCUCCGCCCUUCCCCAAAUUUUCGACCUUUCCGACCUAGGGAACCAACGCCGAGUUUUCAUCCUAAUCAACAGACUUAUGGACAAUUGCCGCCUCCUCAACCGCGUCAGCCUUUUCAUCACAAUCAGCAAUCUUAUAGAGCAAUGCCGCCACCAGCCGGAUUUUAUCAAAAUCAGCAGUUCAAUAGAGCAGUGCUGCCACCGCCACGAGGACCACAACAUUUCCGGAGUCAGCAGUUUAAUAGACCGAACUUUUAUGAGAAUCAACAGUUUAAUAGACCGAACUUUUAUGAGAAUCAGCAGUUCAGUAGACCGAAUUUUUAUGAGAAUCAGCAGUUUAGGCCGCGUCCAUCCCCUCCCAAGGCAUUGAACUUUCGGAAUUGGGUGUAUGCUAGAACUGGACCUCCGCCUCAUUGCGAGCGAUUUACAGUCUUAUCAUACAACAUACUAGCUGAUUACCUUGCAAUUGAUCAUCAGAGAAAACUUUACUAUCACAUACCACAACAUAUUUUGGACUGGGAAUGGCGUAAAAGAAGUAUUCUUUCUGAGCUUGGAUGGUGGUCAGCUGAUAUAUUGUGUUUACAGGAGGUUGACAGAUUCCAAGAGUUGGAGGCAGAAUUGAAGUUGCGUGGAUAUAAUGGCAUCUGGAAGAGGCGCACUGGAGAUCCAGCUGAUGGAUGUGCAAUAUUUUGGAAAGCGUCAAGAUUCAAGUUGGUGCAUGAAGAAUUUAUUGAAUUUAAAAAGUUUGGGCUUCGGGAUAAUGUAGCCCAGAUAUGUGUAUUUGAGUCUCUGGGUCAGCAGAAUAAGAGUGUCACACCAGCUCUCUCAGCAAGACCUGGUCACUCCAAUAAGGUUGUAAUUUGUAAUACUCAUGUGCUUUUCAAUCCUAGAAGGGGAGAGAUUAAGCUUGGACAGGUUAGGGUGCUUCUGGAUAAGGCUGAUGGUGUUUCAAAACUUUGGGACAAUGCUCCUGUUGUGAUCUGUGGAGAUUUUAACAGUACACCAAAGAGUCCAUUGUACAACUAUAUUGUCGAGGAAAGGCUAGACUUAUCAGAAGUGCCUCGAGAUAAAGUGUCAGGACAGGAGUCUGCUACAAUUAAUACAGUGAAACGUAGCAGCCUCAAUCCUAGUGCUAGACACCAGGAUGCUGUUGACUCUGCUCAAAGCUCUGCACUGGCUGCUGAGAGAGAUGUAAAAGACAGUAAGAUGACAUUAGAUGAACAAAAGCUCGAUUCUCCAGAAAAACAUUCAGCAAGUGGAUCUUCUGUAUGUAUCUUGUCUCAGCCUCAGAGUUCUGUGGUAUAUGAGUCCGGCAGUUCUUGUAUGGUUAACCCAUGCUCCGAGGGUACGAAUGAGUUACCUAGAGAAACUCAUGGUAAUGUUUCUGUUGGUGUCUUUAGAGAAGAUCCAAGUAGUUCUCGUGGUGAAGGUUCAUUGUUUCCAGUUGAAGGUACGAGUCAUGAAGUAAGUUUGCUAGAAUCUUGUCAAGAAGAUGAAUAUGAUAAAGACACUCAGGGUAGAUGCAAAGAUGCCAACCCUAAUGCGACAUCGUGCUCUUCUCACAAAUUUUUUGAAGCAGAAGUGUGUUCCGGAACCGAUUCAUAUAGACAGAAGGAUGGACAGUCCAAAGUAGAUGAUUUUGGUUCUGAAAAUGUGAUGAGUGUUCACGGACCUACAAUAGCCCAUUGUUCAGAUGUGUCAUCGUUGGGGCUAUUUUCUGAUUCUUCAAAUGUACAUGAAGUUUCUCCUCUGGAAACCUCUGAAAGUGUAUCAUCAAUUGGUAAAGAGAGUUGCACUAAAACAUCACAUGAACAUAAAACCUCACACGCAGAGACAUGUUUUGAUGUUUUAUUGGACGAAAAGAUGGACAGCUUGUCACUUAAUGAGGUCUCUGGAGGCACAAAAGAAGAUGAACUUUUAGGCCACGAUCGUGAAACAUUUUUGUCUCAGUUAAAUGGUGAAGAUGAUUCCUUUCCAUCUCACUCUAACCAAUUUCAAAAAACUGCUCUUGAGGAAUUGAAUGAUUCCUUCAAGAAGUGUUACGGUUCCUUAGAGUUGCGUCCGCUAGGAGACGAGAUAGCAGAUGAUGUUCCUGAUUUGGAUUCUGAGGUUGUUGACAUGGAGAAAUCUACUUAUGAUCCGUCAGCUUGGACUCCAAUGGAUUUAGAAACUGCUACAGGCAAUACGAAUUGCACAAUAAUGGAACAUAAUCUGAAGUUGUCAAGUUCAUAUAGGGAAGUAGAGUUUCAGGAUUUUUCUGGAACAAGAGAUUCAACAGGAGAACCUGAGGUGACCAGCUAUCACAGGCUUUUCAUGGGUACAGUUGAUUAUAUAUGGCGUUCUGAAGGUCUUCAAACUGUGAGGGUGCUUGCUCCCAUUCCGAAAAACGCCAUGCAAUUUGUGAGAGGUUUCCCUACUAAGAAGUGGGGAAGUGAUCAUAUUGCCUUGGUUUCGGAAUUGGCUUUCACAAAUGAUGCAUCGGCUCAAGAUACUAGCGUCCAAAAUCAAUAAAAAUCCUGUGCACUCUAAAGGACUCUACGAGUUUUCAGUACGUAAAACUUUUUGUUCUUCCAGCGAAUGAGGGGUGAAAUUCAUCAUCGAAGGGUCUUCAAACAUAGAGACGAAGAAAAGACAAAGGGGGUUUAAGGGUGCUAGGGCGUUCAAAAUGCUAGUGCCUCAAUUAGGUAUCGACAGAUGAGUUCAUGGGACCAGCGGAGUAUUUUAUCUUGAAUUUUGAAGGAUUUUUGUACAUUAGCUUGUUUAUUUGUCUUUUGUUUUAUUCUGUGCCCCAGAAAAGAAGUACUAUUGUCAUUAUUCAGUUAGUUAACUGUAAAGGUAGUCAGAGUUGACUUUUAGAAAGAAUUUUAUUUAUAAAGCCUUUUGUUCUUCGAAAGACGGAUUUUCCUCUUAUCCGAGCUUAUACUUUUUCCUUCUAAGUAAACACGAAUUGUCGUAAUAAGAUCCUUGGUAAAUUUUAGAGGU